ACGGGCCGCCCCAGGAGCUGUCAGCGGCCCCGCCCGUCCCGCCAUGGGGGGACUGCUGCAGGCGCUCGUGGGGGUCUCGGAGAAGGCGGCGGAGCUGGCGCGGCUGUGCCGGCGGGAGGAGCCGCUCUUCCAGCUCCUGGUGGCCGAGAAGACGGGCCCCGACAGGAACAGGAGGUUCCUGCAGGACUUCAAGACCCUGGCGGACGUUCUCAUCCAGGAGGUCAUCAAGCACGACCUGGGCAAGGAGUUCCCGGAGCUCCAGGGCCACAUCCACGGGGAGGAGUCCAACGAGUUCAGGGACGUGCAGGGGGGCAUGGUGGCCGUGCGUGUCUGUGCCACACGGGAGGACACGGUGGCCCUGCUGCUGUCUGUGCUGGGCCCCGAGCAGGCAGCGGCCGAGCUGCUGGCGGACGCCGUGCACCGGGACGUGGUGCUGGGGGAUGUGAGGCUGGCGGGCGCCGAGCCCGGUGUGUCCCCCCAGGACCUGGCUGUGUGGAUAGACCCCAUCGACUCCACCAACGAGUACAUCGGGGGCCGCGAGGACGUGCCCCCCGUGGAUGGCAUCGCCCCUGCCGGGCUCUGCUCCGCCCUGGUGCUCGUCGGGGCCUUCGACCGCCUCUCGGGCCGCCCCGUCCUGGGCGUCAUCAACGAGCCCUUCUUCCGACGGGACCCCCAGACCCGCAGGUGGCAGGGCAGGUACCACUGGGGCGUGGCCCACGGGGACACGCGGCUGUGCUCGCUGAGCCCCCCCGACCCCCACCCCGUGCCCCGCGUGGUGCUGAGCCGGGCGGAGGGGGCGGCCGUGCGGGGGGCUCUGGGCCCCCUGUGCGGGGGGCGCCUGCACUUCGCGGCGGGCGCGGGGUACAAGAUGCUGUGUGUGAUCCUGGGGCUGGCGGACGCCUACGUGCUGUCCGAGGGCACCACCUUCGCCUGGGACGCCUGUGCCCCCCACGCCAUCCUGCGCGCCCUGGGCGGGGGGGUGGUGGCCCUGGAGGGGGCCCUGCGAGAGCGGCGGGAGGGGCGCGCCGGGGACCCCCCCGAGCUGGUCUAUAACCGCCCGGCAGAGGGGGCGGGGGGGGCCGAGCGCUGGGCGAACAGGGGGGGCCUCGUGGCUUAUCUGCACCCCCAGCACCUGGAGGCCGUGCUGGGGGCACUGGCCACCGUGCCCGGGCUGUGAGCCUGCGGCGGCCGAGACCCCCCGGGUGGGUAUGGGGGGGCUGGGACCCCGGGGUUAAGGGUUCAGGAUGGCUGGGAUCCGGGGGUAUGGGGGGGGCUGGGACCAAGGACAGUGGGAUG